GGCAUAAUUCAAAUUUUCAGACAUGCGCGUCUUGUAGAGCGUUAAAAAUUGUGGUCGAAAAUUUGAGUUUGACUAUUUCAUAGAUUUAAAAAACAUUUUCUUCUAGUUUUAUAAGUGUGUAGUUUUAGUGGUUUUAUAACUAUGUUGUAAGAAAUUCAAUCAUGGAAGAAGCAAACAGAACAAACAACGACUACGAAGAUGUCAGUGUCACUGGGCUCACUCCAAGCGUUUUUCAUGAUGUUUGUAACAACAUAAUCAAGGAAUUAAACAAAUCUUCCUCCGCUUUAAAACUUUUUCCAAAAAAUGAGACCAAAAAACAACAUAAACUCCGUCCAUCGAUGGUCGACCGAGACCUCGCCCGCUCUCGGCCAAAACGUUCGGUCGUGAGCAGUACUCCCAUGCCAUGUAUCCACCAGAAAAACUUUCUUCCGAGCACCUCGGAUUUAGUCUCACCCAUUCGCAGCAUUUCUGCCGUCAAACCGACCAAACCGAUGCAUUCUCGCACCAAACUUUUCACCGUAACUAACGAUACUCCGAUUACAGUUUCUUCAACUAGCAGUGCGCAUGCAGAGUCGUCUUCGCACGCAAAGUCUUUGGUCAAAGGCCAGAGCGUGGAGAACCUUGCGGUGACGUUACAUCGGAGUAGCGAGGAUGUUGAGGCGUCCCAUUGCGACGAGCUUCAAGACAAAGCUCAACGCUUGGAGAACCUUGUUUCGUCCUUACGUCAAAAAAAUGGGAACCGUUUCUAUACCAUUGAUAAAAUGGUGCAAACUUCCAACACUAAUUCAACUUUACAGGGAGUGAGAAAACUCGCAAGAAAUAGUAAUUCUAGGGUUGAUAUUUCAUUGAGUCCGACUGAAGAACGUGAGUUUGAGGUAAUGGGUUCGAGUGAGGGAUUUUCGACCGUGCUCGACAAAUUAGAAAAAAAUUUCUUUAACAGACCUGAUGAUGGUCCUAUAGCGAAACAUUUACCGGAAAUUAAUAUUGGAUUACCGUGGCGAGCAACGAGUGGACUACUCGGAAAUGUUCCUUUAGAAGCGAAUUCUUUGGUAACACCCGUAGAUUCUGAUGAGGAAUCUCUUGAUGAAACGUUCUUGCCGAAAAGGCAUCCGAAAACGAAAGUUUUCAUUAAUAAAAAGAAGCUGACUAAAGCUUCUGGAACUGUUUUGAAUAAUAGAAGUUCAGUCGACAAAAGAAACGAAAGUAUUCUCGAUGGAAGAAAUCUGGAUAGUACUCUUUCUGACGAGGUUUUCUACCCUUCUGAAAGACCGGAAAAGGACAAAGAACCAAUGAAAAUUACGACGAAGGGGAAACAAAAAAGAAGACUUGAAAGUUUAACAGAAGAAGGAGAACGAGGACAUUUAAGAAAUACAAAUGUUGCAGAAGUUAAAGAUAAGAAAAAACAGAACAAAGCUGAGAGUCCAUUGAAAAAACAAAUACAACAGAAUGCAAAGGUUAGCAAAAUGAAAGAGAAGGAAAAGACGAUACGUGACGAAGAAGAAAUGGUGUCGAUUGUUAAAAAUUAUAUUGAAGAAGGUCAUUCUGGACAAAAUAUGGAUUGGGAAAGCUCGAUGCAAGAAAAAGAUAAUGUCGGAGAGAAAAAUAAAAACGUUGCAAGUUCAAGGAAACAACAAAAAAAACUAGAUCCAGCUGACAGACCGUCACCAAAACGGAUAAGGAAUAAUAUAAACAACUCCAAAAUGUCAAACAAGAAAGGCAAGCAAAAUAUGACACGAGACGAUACAGAAAUGGUGUCAUUUAAUACAGAUUGUACAGAUAACUGGAGAAAAGAUUUAUUUGGCGAAAGUUUGAUAGAAGAAAAGGAACAUUUGGGAAAAGGAAAUAAAUUAGUUCAAAGUUCACAAAAAAGAAAGAAGAAACAGAACAGAGCUGAAAGUUUGUUGAAAAAACAAAAAAAGUUAAUAAUGAGUGUUUCAGACAAGAAAAACAGACAAAAUGCAAUAUUAAAUGACAGUGAUACGGAUGAAAGGGAAAUGAUAUUAGUUAAAGUGGACGUACAUAAAAACCCUACGCGCAAAGACAAUAGGAACCAAGUUAAAACUUGUAAACAAGUGAAAAAUUUAGACAAUGUUGAUCUUUUGGUAUCAGGAUUAGAAAUGAUGCCUAGUAGUGAAGAUACGUCUCGUGAUGUUGAGACAAUUUUUACUUUAAAUGAACAAGAGAUUAUUUCCGAUGCACCAGAAAAGAACGAUAUGGAACACCCACCUGGUACCAGUAAGAAAACAUCAGUAACUAAGAGCAUUAAGAAAACAAGUGAAAAAAGUCCAGUGAGAAAAAUACAAAAUAAAAAGAGAAAAGAAGUGUCUUUGUCAAAACGUCAAACAAAUGUUCAAGGCGGUUCAACAACUGAAGGAAUUGAAACGAUAGCAGACGAGUCAACAGGAACACGAAGAUCGGGAAGGCAACGUAAACAAACUAAGUUCGCUAUACCUGGUUACAUCUCAUGUACCGAACAUGAUAAAUAUUAUAAAGUUGCAACGUUGGUAAAGAGUCUAUCACAAGUUCCAGUAAGAGAUUCAAUUCGAUGUUCUGCCUUGCAAAAACAACGUACUGAAAAAAAUCAAUUGUCACCAAUUAAGGAGAUCGGAUAUGAAGUCGAAAAUAACACUAAAAACUCUAAAGUGACAAGAGGGAGAACUAAGAAACCGGCGAAAAAACAAACAAGUAAAGAACAUAAGAAGCCAAGAUGUCAAGAAACUAAAACUAAAUCAAGAGACGAAAGAGAUGUAACCACAAGUGAAAGAACUGAAGAAAAUGUAGUUUCAUUUGAUGAAAAUACAAGAAAUACUGUACAAAAUACUGAAACACUUCAAAGGCUAGAAAACGGUGUUUCAGGGACCUUUUGUUUUGAAGAUUUACACGACACUCUCUCUUAUUCAACAUCAUUGCAAGGGAAGGUCAGCAAAAAUUCUGUCAUAUCUGGAAGAGUAUCUAAACGGUCUAGUACUAGAACUAUUGAGAAAAAACUUAGGGAUUCUUUAAAAAGGACAGUUGAGAAUCAACUCAACCCGAAGGAUCCUUAUGUAAACUGCCCUGCAACUAAUACGCUAAUUAGGUACAGUUUUAAAAAACCAGUUUACCAACAGAUGGACAGUUUGCCUGGUGUAACUUUUGCUGUUAUGGAGGGUAUAAAUACUGGAUGGUUAAAAUUAAGCGGAGGGGUGACAAAACCGUUAUAUAGAACUAAAAAUCACACUAUGUCUUUCACUGUUAUAGAAGGGCAAGCAGAAGCUGGAAUACAAAACAAGUGCGACUUAUAUAAAAAACAUGACACAUUUGUUGUUCCUCAAGGUGCGGAAUAUUACGUGAAAAAUCACAACAAAACUAAACAGUUGUUACUGCUCUUUACCAGGUACGUAGAUGCAGAAAAAUCUACGCUACAAUGAUUCUCUUGGCAAAAAAAUAUAGUCAAUGGUCAUAAUUAUCUUGUUUCUCUUGUUUUCUACUUAUAGUUCUAAUGAAACAUUUCUAUAUUUUUUUCAUAAAUAAAUACAGUUAAA